AGUGCUUACUUUUUUAUUUUACAAAGAUCAUCAACGUUCUGAAAAUGAGCUAUAUUCACGACUACACGUUUACACAAGAUGACGAGUUUGCGAAGGAAAUCUUGGGCAAAUUCGACAAACUGGAGAACCGAUUCAAGGCUCUUCACCCUGACAAAGUAGUGCCUAUGGACCCGGCCAUCACCUACUUCGGGCCCAGCAAAAAAGAGCACAACGUCAUAUGCCAGUACGACCAGGUAUACCGGCAGAAGAGCACGUGGAACCAGAAGCUGCACCGCGAGGACGGUCAGUACAAGCUGGCGGCGGUGAACAUGUGGCGGGAGGAAGCGGAGCGCACGGUGCCCGUGCUCGGUAGCAGCCUGUACGGCCACCGCACCCCCAUCGACACCAUCAAGACCACCCGCAGCCAGCGCAUCCACACGGUGGAGCAGGAGUUCCUACGUCCACGCAACGUGUUCCCUGGUUGCGACCCCUGAGCCGCCUCCUCCCCACCCCCCUCCCGGUCGGCCAGCGACGAAGCGAAAACGAUGGAAAUCUAGCUCGUGUUACCGAUGAAAAUUAUCCGAUCUAUAACCAUCGUCGUUUGGAUGAUGACGAGGGAGAGGCAGGAGCGAUGCGAGCCUGAGCCAUGCACUGUCGGCCAGUCUCACGACGUAACGGAUAGCUCACAACUAGCAGGUGCGGAGCCAACGUCACCGAGUGUGUGC